GCCACACACACACAUUGGAGGGAACCCCAUCAGCUGUGGGAAGCAACACAGCUUCAACUUACUUUUUAUUUUUCUUAGUCUGUUCUCCAGAUUGCCAGAUUUUGAGGUUGUAUUUUAGAUAUGCGCUAUUGAGGAGUACAGCGAGAGGUCUGUACCAGAAAUUAUCACAUUUGAUCCAGGACAGCAGCGGAGGAAGGGAAAAAAACAGAAAACACGGACUACAGAAGGUGGCUUUGAAAGCAUGGAAUAUUUCAUGAUGCCGACAGAGAAGAUACCCUCCUUACAGCAUUUCAAGAAGACGGAGAAGGAUGUUAUCGGGGGGCUCUGCAGCCUGGCCAACAUCCCCCUCAGUCCAGAGACGGCCCAGGACCAGGAGAGACGAAUCCGCCGUGAAAUCGCCAACAGCAACGAACGCAGGCGCAUGCAGAGCAUCAACGCCGGUUUCCAGUCCCUCAAAACUCUCCUGCCUCACACGGACGGAGAGAAACUCAGCAAGGCGGCCAUCCUGCAACAGACGGCAGACUACAUCUUCGCCCUGGAACAGGAAAAGACGCAGCUCUUGGCACAGAACAACCAGCUCAAACGCUUCAUCCAGGAGUUCAGCGGCUCAUCGCCCAAGAGGAGGCGAGCAGAGGAGAAGGAUGAAGGUAUAGGGUCUCCAGACACGCUCGAGGAGGAGAAAGUGGAGGAGGUGAGGAGAGAGAUGUUGGAGCUGAGACAGCAACUGGACAAGGAGCGCUCGGCACGCAUGCAGCUCGAGGAACAGGUGCGAUCUCUGGACACCCAGCUGCAGCCGGAGCGUCUGAAGGUGAUCACUCAGCAGGUGGAGGAGGAGCAGGCGCUCAUCCAGAGCCAGACGCUGUUACGGCUGCAGCAGAUCCACGCCGCUGACAGACAACCACACAGUCCACAGGUGCUGGCUCCUCCCACUCCCCCAGCCCCGACCCACCACCCCACAGUCAUCGUUCCAGCCCCAACACUAACCCAGCACCCCCACCACCAUGUCACCGUGGUGACCAUGAGCCCGUCUGUCCACACCAGCACUGUGUCCACGUCCAGACAGAACCUGGACACUAUUGUGCAGGCCAUCCAGCACAUCGAGCGCGCUCAGGAGAGAAGAGCGAGCGCAGAGGAGGAGCAGAGACGAGCCGUCAUUGUCAGCCCCGCUCACGUCGCCAUGGACACCGCCUGCUCGGACACAGACACCGACACAGAGGGCGAGGAUUCCUCAAUGAACUGAUCCACCCCAUGAACUCACGUAUACACACAAACACUUAAAAUACCUACUCACUGUAAGAUUCCCUCCAGGAGCUUGACUACUUAAAAAAAAAAAAAAAUCUUUUUUUGGCAUUAUCCAAACUCCUAAAUCCAGUGGUUAAGCUCUGUGUCAGUCUCGUACUGUAAAAUCUCUGAAGAUUGAAAACAUAGGAUGGUCAGCGUGCAGGGGAGGCCCUGUGGGAUCUCUAAUGUCAAUGUCAGAGCCGGUCUGUGGCUACUUGAAAACUUAUGGGUCUCCUCGUGUAAAAAAAAAAAAAAAAAAAAAAAAAAAGCUAUCAGCAUCAGUCCGUCCUUCACGAGUGUUUAUGUGUGCUACAUACAGUCGCAGUAUCACAUUUAACUGUCAUCACUGGCACGCUGACAGUAUUAUUUGUGCUACAAAUUGAUGGAGCCAGUACAGUGAAGAGUUGAAUGUAUCGACACAAUAAGAAAGCAGCUGUAGACUCUGAAAAGCUGCAGUUAUUUCCUCCCCAGUCUUAAUUAGCUUUUCUUUGUUUCCUGGUUGGCAAGGUGAUUUUCUAGUGCCACAAAACCCAACUUUAACUACAACAGAAGGCAUUUCUAAAUUUGAAAAGUUACAAACAAAUUCAAACAUAAUUGCAAAAUUUAAUUUAAGGGUAGAUAUGUCUGAUUUACUUGAAAAAAAAAAGUUUGUGUUUUUUUUUUAUAUCUAAAUAACCCCUUAAAAAUAAGCUGUUGAACAAUUUACAUCGAUCUUCUUUUGGUUUAAAUGUUUUUCAUGUUUGCGUUCACUUUUUUUUUUUCUGUCAGGGUUACUGAAUGUCGAAGGUGAACAUUUUGUUAUAUUGAGAUUAACAACUUAAAAUUGGAGGUUUGUCGGGUUUUCACAGAGAACCGGAGGCCUUGAGAUGAAUUCUGAUGGUCUUAUUUAAAGGUAUACUGGUCAGGGUUGUUGGAAACACGCUCGCUAGAAAAAGUGAAGUAAAGCCAACCCCACGUUCGCUCUCAUUGGGUGUUUCGCCUUGCUAUUUUAGCAUUUUUUCUGCGCGUUAUUUCUUGGAUGCCUGCUGCUUACCAGUACCUCCAGGAUAUUACAAUGUUGCAACCACAACAAUGAACAUAAAAGCAGCCAAACCUGUGAGUUCUGCACGACUUCACAAUUAUGUCCAAGCAGCACAACUUAACCGCAAAUUUGACUAUUUAAAACCGGUAAAUCUAACCUUAUUGUAGACCUGCAUGCAGCAUAUUGAUUCGCUCAUCUCCUCCUUGCCCUGCUCUCUCACUGAUUAUCAUGUGACCACUGCUGUGGGAGUGUGAGCUCUGAACCUGAGACAGUCACACACACGGACAGGAGUGUUAGCAUCACUCGGCUUAUGUUUUUUAACGGGUUCAGUGACAGAGUUUAGUCAUUUGGGUGUCUGUGAAUUUGUUGGGACAGUUUAACAGCCUGGUGUUGGAUGUUAACCACCACUGCUGUGUUAGCUUGUGUUAACGGGGCAGAGAAAGCAGGAGGAGAGCUGCAGCAACAGCUGAAUAAGCUGUCACCCCCACCCCCGACAUUAUAAGGAUUAUAAUUCUUUGGGAAACACUAAAUACUCAUAAUAAUAAUAAUAAUAAUCUCAUUAUCCGGGACAACAUCACGGCUGUCUUUCAAACUAUCACUUGCCCACACAAUUUAAAUGCAAAACAAGCCUAAAAACAUUGCAUCAAGUUUUGCAAACUCUUUAAAACAGCUGCAGUCAAAUUAGGCAUUUCAGGCUGCAACAAUCCAAAAAAACAGGCCCCAGAAUCCUGGAGGGACUGGCUUGCAAUCAAGCCCCGGGUUGCUCACUUUUAAUGAAGACCCGACCCCACCUGAGCGCUGUGGGGCUGAGCACCCAGAAAUGUCCCAAACACAGAAAACAAUUGCAGGCAGAGGGCAGAGUUUCUGCAGAAAAAACGUUCAUGCACUUCUAGUUGAGAUGAUUGAAAUCGAUUACUUCUGUAUGAGUCCAUACAUCGUUUUCCAAGGAAAAUCCUGCAUGGUAUAUUUUUGAAUUUUGAGCCAACUAAAGUCGCUUCCGUCAGAGAUUUAAAGAAAAAAGGAACCAAAUGUUGCUUCAUUCCCAGAAAACAAACAGCAUUUUAGUGGCUGUUAAUUUUCAAUCGAUUCAGUCAGACAAUUUGACUCAGUCAAACUUCAUCGUUGCAUGAAACUACAGACAUUUUUGCUGAUAUGAUGAAAUCUGAAACAGAUUGACGUGAUUCACAUGUUUGCAUGAAGGCUUCCGGUUUUCCUCCAAAGACUUCCAGUCUCUCUUCUAGUCUUGGUUUGUUGAUUUCAGUGACUAUGCACUAGUUUUUUGGUAUUUAUGCAAUUCCAUCUUCAGUCCGUUUGUGGGUGUCAUUUAUACAUGAGGUGAAGUUAUCUAUGCACCGUUGAUAGGUGUGUACAUUACACCUACAGUAUAUGUAUGAAACUUAACAUGCUCGUAUCAAAAGAAUGUAGUCUCUAUCUGCAAGGUGCUCUUCGUCAACCUGGUGCUGCGCUGACCAGCAGCGAGCCGAGGCCCAAGUCCGCUGUGUAACUUCACACUUGAUCACGUUUAGUUUGUGUCUGGACUUUUUUGCAGAAUAAUAUGUGUCAUUUCCACAUCUUGUAAUUGCUUAGGGAGCUGGGAGACGUUGUGUCUGGUCAUAAAUGGCUGCAGAUUUUGUGUUAUCUCAUGUUGAUAUUUGCUCACAUAAAUAUGAAACAAAUAUCAAAUGUAGGCCGGUCGCAUCUUACCGAACUUCAAUCCAAAAAGCGUCGUUUUGGAAAAGACUUUCAAGAAGGAGAACUUGAGAGGAUCAGCAGCUUUAGUUGGACAACUAAGCAUGUGCUGAUGAAGUGCAGAACUCUAAUGAAAGGCACUGAACUGAACUGCAGAUCUCUCCUCGAACCCCCUUUUCUCUCAGAAUUGCACCAGGUCUGUCCACCUCAUGUUACGUUGCUUAUAUUCUUGGGAACUUGACUGGAAAUCCCUGCUUCGAGCCUCCCUCCUGUCAUACUCGAUUUGAUACGCUGACUUGAUGCUGUAAACAUUCCUUUCAUUUGGAUUUGUAUCUGUCUUUUGAUCUCUUAUAUGUUCUGUUGCCAAUUGAAUGCAUGUUACUAAUUGCUGUUUUACUCUUGUCUAAAGCGGGCUUUUGUUUUUUACUUUUUUUUUCAGGUUUUCUUUUUUUCGUGAACACGAGUGAUGUGUUCAGUGUGAAACUGUCUUGUGUGAGAUGUGUGGACACUACCACUCACUGACAUCAGUUUUAUAUCUGAUUAGAGUAGUAUUUCUCAUGCCAAACAUGGUUGGAAAUUCUCAUAUUUUGUUUGUGAAACUUUGUUUAAAGGUUUGGUGUUUUGCGAAAAAUUGUCACAAGCCGCACGCUGAGUUUUGGCAGAGGUUUGUGAUUGUUCAGCUGAACGCUAUUCCUUAAAUGUUUCUGUACAUUGUGUUGCAGCACUGCUGUCUUUUGGUGGAAUUUGAGAUGUUUGAUAUGAAGCACUUGCUGUUCUGUACUGCCUGAAUCAAUGAUGAGGAAGAUUUUUUUUUAGCAUUUAUUUUUUUGUAAACUCUUGGCUGUAACACGACUCAACAGCUGUUUAUCGUGUUCUGCUUUUCUGUCUUUUCAUUUGUUCAUUUUUUUCUUGUCCGGUUUUCAUUUUUGGUGACAAGCAUUUUUUAUAUUUGUGUGAUUUUUGUUAUUUUUCCCAUCAGUCCAGGUCGACAAGAAGCUGUUAUAUUUUGUUUAUAAAAACUUGGGUAAACAGGCCUUUGUAAAGAUGAAAAAAAAAAAAUAAAAUUUGUACUUUUUUUAUUACA